AUGUAUCAACGAUUAAUAUUUAAUACUAGAAGUGUCGAACAUAAUAUAGAUCACUUUGGUUACAUAAUGAAAUUGCGAUUGAACAUUUUGGUUUACAUAGCAGCUAUAGUGCAAUGUGCUUGUGUUGCUGCUUUGCUACAAUCGAAUGAUAUUCGACAAUAUAAGGAUGAACAUGAAAUAAUACAUGUCACUGAGGAGUUAUAUAAAGAGUUACAAUAUGGGGUAGAGGGAGAAUAUUCCGUCUUAUAUAUUACCAUAUAUUCAACGAACGAAGAUGGAAGUUAUAAAUGUCCUAUGUGUUUGGAAUUUGAAGAAACGAUACAUGGUGUACAAGAGAUUAUUAAGAAGCAGAGACCUGACAUCCCAAUUUCAUACUAUAUUGUAGAUGCAUACGAAGUUCCUUCGUUGAUUAAAGAUAUGGGUAUUGAGAAUGUACCUCAUUUAGUGGUAUAUCCUCCUAUCAAUAUGAUGAAACAAGAAACGGAACCGUUCUCUUGGGCUAAAGGACAAUUCUACCAAUAUGAACUUACACCAGACCAUUCAAAUGAUGUAUUACAUUUUGGUGAUUUCCUUGCUCAAGUACUAAAUAUAUAUAUUGAAGUCGAGGAAGAUUUUGAUACAGGGAAAUUUAUGCAAUAUUUUGUUGGAUCUACAAUUGCGUUUGUGUUCUUGAAAAAAGUCAUAUGGCCCAUUGUGAAAAAGGGUAAUGUUUCCAAGAUAAUUAUGAUGAUUAUAGCGUUUUCUAUCAUGCUUCCAAGUCUAACGGGUUACAAGUUUACUCAGAUGAACAGAAUACCACUUAUCGCUAGAAAUGACGAAGGUAACAUCAUGUAUUUUAGUGGUGGGACAGGUUGGCAAUUUGGUUUAGAAAUGUUUACCGUCUCUCUGAUGUAUAUUGGGAUGGGAGUGCUAUUUAUUAGCUUAAUAAUAUUGAAAUCUGAUUUUAUCCAAGAGAAAAUAAACGAAAAAGUGGAUAGUCUAUUGACUCUUCUUUUCGGUUAUGCCUUGUUCUAUCUCUUCUCAUAUUAUAUUAGUUGUUUCGACAUCAAAUCUCCAGGGUAUGCAUAUGGGUAUUAA